AUGUGCAGCAGCUCGUCUUCAUCAUACGCUCUUUCAGUUCUCUCCAACGUAAACCAGGCCCUCUACCCCAAGACAAUGCACUCCCAGGAGGAUGCCGGCCACACCGUCCACGUCGCGGACCUGAAAUGGCUCCCCCUCGUCCCCAGCAUCUGGAUUAAAGUCAUAAAGCUAGUCCCCGAGACAGGCGAGUACACGAUCAUGGUCCGCGCCGAACCGGGGGGUAUGCUCCCGCGCCACCGCCACGUUGAGAGCGCCGAGAUCUACGUCCUGAAGGGCAGCGGCGCGCAUCCGCAGGCGGGAGCGUUUGUGGCCGGCGACUAUGUGUCCGAGAGCAAAGGUGCUGUCCAUGACCCGCUGCCGUUUCACUGUGAGACUGAGCUGCUGAUGGUCAGCCGAGGGCCGUCGGCGUUUUUGGCGGAUGAUGGGGAGGAUAUGUAUAUGAUGGAUGUGGAUAUGCUGCAGGCAUUGGCGAAGGCUGCGGAGACUGCGGUUUAA